CGUCUCUAACCCUGCAACAUGGCGGAGAUGCCUCAGAGCAUGAUAGACGACUGGUUCAAGCUGAAACCAGUUAACAGAGCAGUCAGUCGUCAGCCAGAGCUGGAUGCGCGAUCUAAACGCAUGUUCCAGCGCGCCGAGAAGCAGCAGAGAGCGCAAGACGAAGAAACAAGAAGACGGAGGGACGAACGCAGACGCAAGGAGAAGGAAAUGAGGGACAUUGCGUCUCGCGGGUUCGAGAUUGACCGGAUUUCGUCCGAACUCGCCUCCGGACGGGCAGUAGGGAAGGAAGACGACUGGAUAAGCUACGACGUCGUCGACAGUCAACUGCACGUGCAGAGUCUGCACAACGUCGACACGGAAAUCUCACCAGACGCGACGCGAGAAGCGGCGAGAGACGACCAUUUCGGCGAGAAAUCCACAGUCGACACGUUUGCUAACUACAGAUUCGACCACGAGUACGAUCCAUUGUUGCCAAUGACGGAAAACCGCGAGAAAGUGGUGAAGACGAUUGAGGAGAAUCCGGUGACGGUGGUGACGGGUCCGACUGGCAGUGGCAAGACGACGCAGGUUCCGCAGUAUAUAUUGGAUAGGUGCGCCGCUGAGAGGCAACAUUGUAAUAUUGUGUGUACACAACCGAGGAGGAUAGCGGCGACGAGCAUUGCGAGGCGUGUGUGUCAGGAGAGAGGCUGGAGGGUGGGUAGUCUGGUGGGCUAUCACGUGCAGAUGAAUCGGGAGGUGUCGGAGGAUACUCGGCUGAUGUAUGUGACGACUGGUGUUUUGUUGAGGAAACUGGUGACGAACAAACAUAUGAAUAUGUAUACACAUGUCAUCAUUGACGAGGUUCACGAACGGGAUCAGGAUACUGACUUUGUGUUGCUGGUCGUGAGGAAGUUCCUUCGCUCGAAUUCUCAGGGUGUUAAGGUUAUCUUAAUGUCUGCAACGAUCGAGAGUGAAAUGUUUGCUUCAUACUUUGCAUCUGCUGUCGACACUCGCCUUGUCCCAGCACCCAUCAUCAGCGUUGAAGGCAAGAUAUACCCAGUCAUUGAAUUUUACAGCGACGAUAUGGUGUUUCUGGGGGAAGUGCCAUCGCAAGAAGACUGUGACGAUCCGUGUAUUGAUCAGUCUAGAGUACAAAUCUGUGGCGAAAUAAUUCGUCAUUUUGAUUUGGUGGAGUCCAGUAAUCCAAGGGAUAAAUUUGGGAAUGUGGUAGAUCGUGGAACGGUGCUCGUGUUCUUGCCGGGGCUGGCCGAAAUUACCAAAGUCGACAACUUCUUGAAACACGAACUGAAGAAACACCAUCUUUGGAUCAUCCCACUGCAUUCUUCGAUAACUAUAGAAGAGCAGAGGUGGGCAUUUGUUAAGCCUCAAGCUGGUGAGAGGAAGGUCAUUCUGUCUACUAACAUAGCCGAGUCAUCCAUUACUAUUCCUGACAUCAAAUAUGUGAUUGAUUUUUGCCUAACCAAAGAAUUAAUGUGUGAUCCUGACACAAACUAUCAAGCACUGAGGAUCAACUGGGCAUCUAUGUCAUCAUUAACCCAACGGAAGGGGAGAGCCGGGCGUUGCUCUGGUGGUCGAUGCUAUCGUCUGAUAUCUCGAAAGUUUAAGGAUCAAUUCAUACGGGAGUAUGCUGUACCGGAGAUGCAGAGAUGUCCUCUUGACCAGCUUGUUCUUCAAGUAAAGCUUCUUGACCUCGGUGAGCCAAAGAUGAUUCUCGGAUUAGCUUUGCAGCCGCCUCACUUGGAGGACAUAGAAAAGACCAUACUGUGUCUGAAGGAGGUGGGUGCAUUGUCUACUCUAAAGUCAGGGAUUGCAAACCCAUAUGAUGGAGACUUAACAUUUGUGGGUCGAGUUCUGGCUCAACUGCCUGUGGAUAUUCAUCUUGGGAAGCUGAUCAUUCUUGGUCAUGUGUUUGGAUGUAUUGAAGAAGCUAUUAUAGUUGCGGCAUCGUUUUCUCUCAAGAGCUUUUUCGCUCGUCCGUACAAGCAAGAACUCGAUGCCUACAGAUCAAAGCUGGGAUGGGGAGACUACUCACACAGUGAUGCUAUAGCAGCAUUGAGAGCAUUUCGAGAAUGGUGGGCAUUGAAACAAUCGAGAGCAUUUAGCAGCUCUCGAGCAGAGUACAAGUGGUGUAAGCAACACAUGAUUCAGCACUCUGGCAUAUGUGAGGUUGCUACUCUUGUGGAUGAACUUAUUACGAGACUGUCACAGUUUAAUCUAAGAGUUUUCCGAGAUCAACAUCGAACGCAUACAGAGAUGUCGGCUCAAGACCUGCUCAUAUUCAAGAUUGUCUUGGCUGGAGCAUUUUAUCCCAACUUCUUUUUGUGUACGUUUCCUGAUGAACACGUUGCCAUUCGAGAGAUCGGUGGUCGAGACCCGACCACCACAGUCGUUGUUCAAGGAAUGCCUCAAAAUGGCCUCAUGUAUCGAGAGUCUCUGGUUAGGAUUUUCAAAGCAUGCGGAAAGGGCAAGAAACUGCAUUUUGAGGGAUCAAGAGCUUACGUUGAAUUUGAGAGACCACGACCAAGCCACUCUGAACCGUCAACCGACUCUUCGCAACCCGUUCUUAAUGCAGUGUACUGUGCUCUAAAAAUGAGGCAGCUGAGAAUACCUUUAGUUUUGGAGCCUCUUGAUUUGUCAUCAAAAUCGGUUGCAGUGAAGGGUUUGAAAUCAGCGAAGUCUUUGGCCACUCCCUUACCUCUACAGCAGGUUGCAUUGCCAAGUCUUGGAGAAAUCAAACUUGUUAUUACCGAGGUUGUAGAUGCUGGACAUUUUUGGGCUCAGCUGGCUGAUGACAGAUCGGUAAAGAUACUUCAAGAUUUGGAUGCGUCUCUUAAUCUUCUUCCAGAUCAUAGUCUUCAGCCAUUGAAAUCAGCUCUUGAAGGCAUGCCAUGCUUAGCCAAGUUCUCUCAAGACAAACGAUACUAUCGUGCCAAGAUAGACAACAUUAGUGAGGGUAUGGCAUCGGUUACAUUUGUUGACUACGGCAACUGUGAGCAAAUAUUGCUGAGCUCUCUGAAGCAGAUGCAAUCAGAGUUUUUACACGUCCCAGUGCAGGCAUUUGAGUGUUUCCUGUCUCACGUUCGUCCGUCGCACCGACAGUCAGUCGGAGGGAAUACGUGGUCAGCUGUUGCCAACAGACGGUUUAUUGAAAUGACAGGCAAUAAGAUAUUAUUUGCCCAAAUUUUUGCAAAAGUUGACGAUGCCCUCAGACUGGAGCUCAUUGAUACGACGGGACAGUCAGACGUCAUAGUGAAUCAGUGGCUUAUUGAUACCGGGUAUGCGGAAUUGGCUCCUGAACCACACAACUCCAAGGUUGCUCAUGACUUAGCGAUAAGAAACCAAGAUGCUAUAGAUCGGGGCGAUGGCGAUGCAGUUAAGUCACCAACUUUACCAUCAGCGUGGAAUGUAGUUGACUUUGCUCAAGCACAAACAAAAAAGACCGAGAUGUUGGCAUUGACACCGAAAGGACGUGCGGUCACAGUGCGUGGGCCUUUUAAUUCUUACGAAGUCGGCUUCUAUCAUAUGGCUUUUGUUGGAGCCGGCAGGGGAGUGAGAGUGGAGCGAGACUCUGUAAACUGUAUUGCUAUUCAAGAAGAUCCUCUUACCCGUCAUCAACGAUUGAUGUGUGCUGCAAACGUAAACUUGAGUCCAUCUCGAGACACUUUACUGGCACGAAACACGACUAUAAUGCCUCAUCUGCUUGGUCUUCCCGAGCUACUUGUUCUUCUCUUUGCUCCUACUGUUGAAAUGAGAACGGAUCGUCACCGAUGUCGCUAUACAGGUUGUAUAUCUGGGCUCGGUUAUGAUCCCGACUCUGGCGAGCCUAUAUUUUCCGAUCAUGACAUGGAGGUUGUAUUUGGUGCUACCGUUGAUCAAGACGACUUGAACAGGGUCAAUAGUAUUAGGAUGGCCAUUAAUCUGGCUGUCAGUAGUGAAGACAAGGUGUCAGCGUGGGACAUGAAGGCAGUGAGACGCAUCCAAGAAGCAGGCAGAGAAAAACUAGUCAGGCUUGUCACCAGAGAGAGGAGACCCUGCUGUGAAACUAGUUAUAAUUCGUCGUAUUUAUGGAAGCAGGUACCUGCACACUUGCUUAUGCCUCCUUCUGACGAAUUGGAAACAAUGGAGGAAGAUGCACCAUUUUAUAGUCUCCACUGUGGAGUUUGCCUUCGUCCCGAAGACGAUCAGCCCGAGCUUGAUGCCCAGCCGAAGAAAAACAUCGAGCUGCAGUAUCACUGCAAAGAGUUGCGCAGCAUGGCAAGCAUGUCACUGGCUGCUAUCGAAACGUUCUGUAGGUUGUGUUAUGUUCGAUGUACGACUCCUCGUUCUCUCUUGUAUCAUCUACAGAGUAAAGCGCAUCGUCAGGAGGAGGAACUACUCAAAGAGAAUAUUCGAUACUGAGAGAAAAAUGAGAGGUUCUAUAUCAGAGUUCAUGUCUCUAAGUCGUAACUAAUAAAUUAAUGAAGAACAAUACAGUACAGUACUAUAACAUAUUAAUACGUGACUGUUAAGACUUUCAGUUAAGCGUUUGAUUUUAAGUCAAUAUCGGUUGGUUCCAAGAAGAUUACU